AAAACACGUUUCCAGCGUCCACAAUGGGGAAAAUACGCGAAGGUAAAAAGUACGUAAAUUACGCUAGACAAAACAAAUUCAAAGCAAACAGUGUGCGCCGUAAAACGGCAGAUGUUAACAGCGCUAGUCAAGAUGAAGAGCAACAGUUUAAAUUCCAGCAACCAAAGCUGAAGCGUUCGAAGCUGUACCUUUCUGUAAGUGAAGAGGAGGAAGAAAUCAAAACAUUGCGCCAACAAUACGGCGCUGAAACCACACGUGGUAGCACCGAGACGUUUGAUAAGUUCAGCGAUUUUCCUCUUUCGAGGAAAACCCUUGCCGGAUUGAAUGAUGCAGAGUACACCAAACCCACUGUCGUUCAGCGAGAGUCGAUAUUUCCUGCAUUGUGUGGUAAAGAUAUUGUUGCCGCAGCUAAAACGGGCAGCGGGAAAACUUUAGCAUUUUUAAUUCCCAUCCUGGAACGACUGUUUGUGGAAAAAUGGACUCGUAUGGAUGGUCUCGGAGCACUUGUAAUUACUCCUACGCGAGAACUGGCGACACAAAUAUACGAAACAGCGGCACAAGUUGGAAAGCAUCACGAUUUUACUGUCGGGCUGCUGAUCGGCGGACAAAAUCUUAAACUUGAACGAAACCGGUUGCACAAUCUAAACAUCAUAAUAGGAACGCCGGGUCGUUUGCUGCAACACAUGGAUGAAAAUCCUUUAUUUGAUACAACGAAUUUAAAAAUUCUAGUUCUAGAUGAAGCUGAUCGUUGUCUGGAUAUGGGAUUCUCUGUCACGAUGAAUUCCAUAAUCGAAAACCUUCCGGAAGUGCGGCAAACGCUACUGUUUUCCGCUACUCAAACGAAUUCGGUUCGUGAAUUGGCUCGAGUUAAUCUCGUAAACCCUGCCCGUAUUGCUCCUCACGAACAUGAACAAAACGCUACACCGGCCAAGCUACAGCAAAGCUACGUGGUGGUGGAUCUUUCCGCAAAACUAACGAUGCUAUGGUCCUUUUUGUACACCCAUCCAAAGCAGAAAAUUAUCGUAUUUUUUGCAACAUGCAAACAGGUUAAAUAUUUCUAUCAUCUGUUUCGAAAAUUGCGCCCCGCCUCAUUGCUUCUUCCUUUGUACGGUGGUAUGAAUCAGGAGAAACGUAACAAAAUAUAUGCUGAAUUUUGCCAAAAGAAAACAAACGUUUGCCUGCUGGCGACAGAUGUAGCAUCACGGGGGCUCGAUUUUCCCAAGGUAAACUGGGUGGUACAAAUGGACUGCCCGGAAGACGUGGUGCAGUAUAUCCAUAGAGCCGGGCGCACGGCCAGGUUAAAUACCACUGGUGAAAAUCUGCUCGUAUUAUUGCCUCACGAGGAAGAUGCUAUGCUACAGCUGCUGACGAAUAGUAAAAUACCCAUAAAGCAGAUUAAAAUCAACGAUCGACAACUGUUUUCACCGCUGGCAAAGAUCGAAUCACUCCUCGCACAAUUUCCUGACCUAAAAGAAAGCGCCAAACGAGCAUUUGUUGCUUACAUUAAAUCGGUCGCAUUGAUGAAGAACAGAGAGGUAUUCCAACUGCAAAGCAUCAAUCUUGACGAGUUUGCACGUUCGUUGGGUUUGAGCAUUACACCGCGUGUGCGCUUCCUUUCACGUACGUCAAACGUGAAAGGAUGUGAAAAGCCAAAAUUGAUUUCCAACUUCGGAACAACAGCCACCAGCAUUGUAAAUGGAGAUAGCAGCGAUGAAGAAGAUUUCCUACAAGUAAAGCGUAUCGACAACGGUUUAGAACAACCGAAAACGGUCAAUCCAAUGCAUGUAGAGGAAAACGCUUAUGUCACAACGGAUACGCCCCUUGGACAUACGAAUGGAUCCAGGAAGCGCUUGUCUAAGCAUAAAUUGAUAAAAAAAUCGUUGCAGAUCAGUAAACGCACCGCAUUCGAUGACGAUGGCAUACCGAUUACACCGGUCGACGAUAAAAAGGAAGAUUAUUACGAUUUUACAGAGGCUCGUCUAAGGCUUGAGCAGCAAGACAUAGAAGACAAGAAGCGAUACAAAGCAAUAAAGAAAGCCAAACGAAUUACUAUUAAAGAAAAAGAACGUCAACUUAAAUCGGGUGGUGGUGAUGUCGACCGCACUGCAACUUUGGCUGACGAUUUCGGUAGUGAAAGCGACGGUAGCGUAAAUCUGGAUUGGCUUCCGGAUCCGGACAAAGUGUAUGGAACAAAAUAUACAGAAAAUAACGGUAGUGAAUGUGAACCACAUUCAAACAACAUAGAGAUGCCACAUUCAUCUAAAAGAAAACGAAAGUUGUUGCAGAAUGCACGCGAUUUAACGUUGACCGAUACAGAACAAUUGGUAAUGAAUUUGUUAAAAUGAUU